UCAAGCUCAUCCAUUAGUUCCAUCUCCAUGGAAGAAGGAAAGAAGAGCAAGAUCCUCAUCAUCGGAGCGACGGGGUAUCUUGGAAAGUACCACGCUGAGGGGAGCUUGAGAUUAGGUCACCCUACCUUCAUUCUAGUAAGGGAAAGCACCAUUAACACUAAUCCAGAAAAGGCUAAGGUCAUCAAAGAUUUCAAAGAUGCUGGUGCUAUUGUGCUAUACGGAGAUUUGCAUGACCAUGAGAGCUUGGUGAAAGCGAUCAAGCAGGUGGAUGUCGUCUUCUCGACGAUGGGCCAUGAGCACCCAGAGCAGCUGGCGAGUCAGAUUAACAUCAUCUCAGCCAUUAAAGAGGCUGGAAAUGUGAAGAGAUACUUUCCAUCAGAGUACGGGUUUGAUGUCGAUCGAGUCCAACUUUUGGAGCCAGCAAAAAGCCUAUUAGAAAUAAAGGCUAAGAUCAGGCAAGCAAUUAGGAUGGCAGGGAUUCCCUUCACCUUUGUCUCAAGCAAUCUUUGUGCAACAUACUUCCUUAGUAGACUUGGGCAAGUAGAAGGUGAUGGUGCUCCAAAAGAUGAAGUUUCCAUCAUAGGCGAUGGAAACAUCAAAGUUAUUUUUGUGGGCGAGCAAGAUAUUGCAACAUAUGCCAUCAAAGCUGCAGAAGACCCAAGAACUUUGAACAAGAUCCUAUAUGUGAGACCACCAGCUAACAUCUGCUCUCAAAAUGAGCUUAUAUCCCUUUGGGAGAAGAAAACUAAGAACACACUUAAAAGGAUUUAUCUUUCUGAAGAAGAGGUUAUGAAGAAGAUCCAAGACACUCCGUAUGCGGUAUCCUUUAUUUAUGCUGUUGCACAUGCAGGCUUCAUAAAGGGAGAGAUGACCAACUUUGAGAUAGAUCCGUCAACUGGAAUAGAGGCAUCAAAUCUCUACUCUGAUGUCAAGUAUAUUACUGUCGAUGAAUGUCUUGACAAAUUCAUAUGAUGCACUUUGGUGCAACUGUUCUAGGUCCCCAUCAAGUGGCUAAGCUAUUAAAUAAAAAAAUUUAGUGUCUAAAAUAAAGAAAAUAUGUACUCUUCAUAGUCAUGGAUUAUGAGUUACCACAAAAAAAAAAAAUUGUGAGUUAAGUUGCGACGGUUUUAUGAAAGUUAUAAGUGGAGAAAUCUGAAAUGUUCCUCAGUAAAGUUGAUUUCCAUACUUAUAGUUUAUGUCUUUUAGUGAUGGUGAUGAGAUCUAAUGCCAAUAAUAUCUAAAAGAAAUGGAAGUAAUCCACCAUUGACCUGGUUUACAGCUUCCAUAUCGAAUUUUUCUAUCGAACAUGUAAACCUGGGUACAAAAUCAAACCCGCCCAAUAUAGUUGACUAUUGUGAUUCCAGCAGCUUAGUUUUUU